GGAGCCGGAGGCGGGGGCCGGACCAGCGGGGCUGCGGGGGCCGCGGGGCCCGACGAAGAGGGAGGGCGGGGCCAGCUUCGCGACCGUGGUGACCACACAGCGAGAGAGUGCUUGAACCCGAGCGGAGCGAUGCUGUGGUUCCAGGGUGCCAUUCCGGCCGCCAUCGCGACGGCUAAGAGGAGCGGCGCGGUCUUCGUGGUGUUCGUGGCAGGUGAUGAUGAGCAGUCUAUACAGAUGGCUGCAAGUUGGGAAGAUGAGAAAGUGGCAGAAGCAUCUUCAAACAGUUUUGUUGCUAUUAAAAUUGAUACAAAAAGUGAGGCCUGCCUACAAUUUUCACAAAUCUAUCCUGUAGUGUGUGUUCCAUCCAGUUUCUUUAUUGGAGACAGUGGAAUCCCUUUGGAAGUAAUAGCAGGAAGUAUUUCUGCAGAUGAACUUGUGACGAGAAUUCACAAAGUCCAACAGAUGCAUGCAUUAAAAGGUGAAACAUCAGUGGCAAACAGCAGCCAGUCAGAAAGUUCACUGUCUCUUCCACCUGCUUCAUUUGAACGUAACAACACUUCCGAAAACUCUCAGUCCAGAAAUACAGAGCUUUGUGAGUCUCCACCUAUUUCUUCUGAUACAAAGUCAGAUACUGCAACAGGAGGAGAAAAUUCAGGCCAUGAUACUCCUUCUCAGGAGCCUGGUGGAUACUCAAAUCAGAGACCUGCAGAGGACCUCACCAUCAGAGUGGAAAGACUAACUAAAAAACUUGAAGAAAGGAGAGAAGAGAAGAGGAAAGAGGAAGAAAAGAGGGAGAUUAAGAAGGAAAUUGAGAGGAGAAAAACUGGAAAAGAAAUGUUGGACUACAAAAGAAAACAAGAAGAAGAAUUAACAAAAAGAAUGUUAGAAGAAAGAAACAGAGAAAAAGCAGAAGAUAGAGCAGCUCGAGAGCGAAUAAAACAGCAGAUUGCAUUGGAUCGGGCAGAGAGAGCUGCUCGUUUUGCAAAGACAAAGGAAGAAGUAGAGGCUGCCAAAGCUGCUGCCUUGCUAUCCAAACAGGCAGAAAUGGAAGUCAAGAAGGAAUCUUAUGCACGAGAAAGAAGCACCAUUACAAGAAUUCAAUUUCGUCUGCCUGAUGGUUCUUCCUUUACAAAUCAGUUUCCUUCUGAUGCUCCUCUAGAAGAAGCAAGGCAAUUUGCUGCACAGACUGUCGGCAACACUUACGGUAAUUUUUCACUAGCAACCAUGUUUCCCAGGAGGGAAUUUACCAAAGAAGAUUAUAAAAAAAAAUUAUUGGAUUUGGAGCUUGCCCCAAGUGCUUCAGUGGUACUCUUGCCAGCAGGACGCCCAACUACAUCCAUUGUACACUCUUCCAGUGGAGAUAUUUGGACGUUAUUGGGGACAGUACUUUAUCCAUUCCUUGCCAUCUGGAGAUUGAUUAGCAAUUUCUUAUUUAGUAGUCCUCCUCCUGCACAGACUUCUGGGAGAGCAACAUCAUCAGAACCUUUAAACCCUGCAUCAUCUAGCAAAUCAGAAAAAAGGGAACCAGUCAGAAAAAGAGUUCUGGAAAAGCGAACAGAAGACUUUAAAAAGGAAGGGAAGAUAUACAGAUUGAGGACUCAAGAUGAUGGUGAAGAUGAAAACAACACUUGGAAUGGAAAUUCUACUCAGCAAAUGUAGUUACAAGUACAAUAUGUACAAUAAUCAUUGUUUCUCUUAUGAUUUAAUUCAACUAAGAUUCUACUGGAGAGGUGGAUCUGCUUUAUGUUUUCCAACUGAUCUAUAAAGCAUUUCUUUAUUCCUGCUUUAGGAGUGUGGGUUAAAGUUGUUUAACUCAGAAAAAAGAAAUAAAAUAACUGACUGCUAGGUCCUUUUACAGUAACCAACUGCUAGAAGCCUAAAAGAAUCAAAAGGCCAGUUUUGAUAGGCUCCCUCUAUCAGCUUCUUAUUCAGUGUUUCAAAGACCUUUAGCCCUAUGCUCUCAAAUGACAAGUUUUGUUAAGAGUACUUUUUGCUCUAAGACUUUUAAGCCUACACAAAAUAACUGGUAUGUCACAGUAAUUUAUCUCUGAGAGCAUUUUAACUAGUCAAUCAGAUAACUUAUGUUUAACUUUUCUCUUUUGGCUCAUCAGCUGCAAGCACAAUCUUGUAAUUUUUAAUCUUACUUAAACACCGAAUAAAAAAUGUUUUCUAAAAAUCAGAAUGAUCAUAUUUUUGCUGUAAGCAUCUUUUUGUUCUUCAGGGCUUGUUGAGCUCACACAUCUCUGGUUUUUUUUCUCCUCAUUACUGCCCUGAAGCUAUCUCAGCAAAAGAGCUGGCUACUUUACCCUAAAUAUCACUGAAAAAAGAUUCCACAUUAUUCUCUUUCUUAGAUCAUUUAGGCAUCACUUUGUUUGCAGAAUUUCAUGUUCUUUGUUCUCUUAUGAUGUAAAACAUGAGAAUUGCUAAUGUACAACUUAGUUUUCUCUCUCAUCUUUGUACUAAAGUUUUAUAAUUAACAAUUAAUACUACUAUGACCUAGAGUACCAGUGGUGUAGGACAAAGGUGUAGAAUGAAGAUACAGCUUUACUCACUUGGUUAUUAAGAAUUUGAAAGAAGUUCAUAAUACAACUUACGUGCUACUUUAUCCACAGGUUUUUGGCAGCCGAGAUCAUUAAAUUAAUGAUGUUUGAAAGGGGGAGUAAGCAUGUAGUUUCUCUGUUUCUAGAUGAAAGGUAUUGUUUUUGAGUAUGUGCGGGAAGCUCUGACUUUAUUUUGUAAUAGGAGGAAGAAAUUUUGUCAGCAAACUUUGUUUUUUCACCUGUAAUAAUGACUUUUAAAAAUAGUGUUGGCAAGGAAACAAUGGGACAAGUGAUGCUGUUUGUCGGAGUGGAAACCAAUAGUCCUCUGAAAAAUGCUGUUAGAAACUUUAAAUAUUUCAUACUCUUUGACCCAGUGAUUUUUUUUUCUAAGGAAUGAUCAUAAACGGCAGACAAAGUUUAGCUAAACAUACUCAUUAAUUGUAUUUAUUUUACUUACGAACUGGAAACAACUAAAUGCCUCCUGAGGAUGUAAUUUUUGAUGAGGAGAAAUGGUACAGUACUAAAUUCAUCAUAGGUUUACUUGAGCACUUAUUUGUUGGGGGAAAGAAGCAGGAUACAGAGCUGCAGGUACAGUAUGUCUCAGCUUUGUAAAUACAUUUUAUAUAUAGAUAGAUCUAUGUAUUAAUAUAUAUGUAAAGAAAGAAGACACAGCAAGACAUUAAUAAUGGUAAGAGUGGUUUUAUGUGAUUGUAGUUUUCUUUUUUGUACCUUAUGUUUUUCCUAUCUUCUGCAGUGAUCAUAUUUCCAUAUUUUAAAAAGUGAGUUUGGAAAAGAAAAUCUCUAACCAGCGUCCUAUUUAAAAUGUUGUCAUCCUUUAAAAUGCAACAAUAUGUGCUAAAAAAAAUGUCAAAUGGGUAUGACUUACUAAUAACUAUUAGAAAUACAUUCGCAAAAAUAUUGAGUACUUCAAGUUAUCUUUUAAAGUAAGUACACAUAGUAGAAAUCCAAAACAGUAUAAAAGGCUAUAAAAUGAAAAUGAAGACUCUUUCCUGGCAUCUUACCCCAACUGCUGUUCACCAGAGUAACCUCUAUUAUAAUAGUUUCUUACGUAAUUUUCAGAAAAAUUUUAUGCAUAUAUAAGCAAAUAUGUAAUCUUUAUUUUUAAAUAAAUGGGAUCAUAUUAUA